AUGGGAAACAUCUUACAAUCUCGUAGCAUUAUGGUAAACCCUGUUCCAAGGAGUUUACAAUCUAGUGACAUUAUAGGAAACAUCUUACAAUCUAGUAGCAUUAUGGGAAACCCUGUUCCAAGGAGCUUACAAUCCAGUGGCAUUCUGGAAAACCCUGUUCCAAGGAGCUUACAAUCUAGUGGCAUUCUGGGAAGCCCUGUUCCAAGGAGCUUACAAUCUAGUGGCAUUCUGGAAAACCCUGUUCCAAAGAGCUUACAAUCUAGUGGCAUUCUGGGAAGCCCUGUUCCAAGGAGCUUACACUCUCGUAGCAUUAUGGGAAGGCCUGUUCCAAGGAGCUUACAAUCUAGUGGCAUUCUGGAAAACCCUGUUCCAAGGAGCUUACAAUCUAGUGGCAUUCUGGGAAGCCCUUUUCCAAGGAGCUUACAAUCUAGUGGCAUUCUGGGAAGCCCUGUUCCAAGGAGCUUACAAUCUAGUGGCAUUCUGGGAAGCCCUGUUCCAAGGAGCUUACAAUCUCGUAGCAUUAUGGGAAGCCCUGUUCCAAGGAGCUUACAAUCUAGUGGCAUUCUGGAAAACCCUGUUCCAAGGAGCUUACAAUCUAGUGGCAUUCUGGGAAGCCCUGUUCCAAUGAGCUUACAAUCUCAUAGCAUUAUGGGAAGCCCUGUUCCAAGGAGCUUAAAAUCUAGUGGCAUUAUGAGAAUCCCUGUUCCAAGAAGCUUACAAUCUAGUGGCAUUAUGAGAAUCCCUGUUCCAAGUAAUUUACAAUCUAGUGGCAAUAUGGGAAUCCCUGUUCCAAGGAGCUUACAAUCUAGUGGCAUUAUGGGAAUCCCUGUCCCAAGGAGUUUACAAUCUAGUGGCAUUAUGAGAAUCCUUGUUCCAAGUAAUUUACAAUCUAGUGGCAUUAUGGGAAUCCCUGUUCCAAGGAGCUUACAAUCUAGUGGCAUUAUGGGAAUCCCUGUUCCAAGGAGUUUACAAUCUAGUGGCAUUAUGAGAAUCCCUGUUCCAAGUAAUUUACAAUCUAGUGGCAUUAUGGGAAUCCCUGUUCCAAGGAGUUUACAAUCUAGUGGCAUAAUAGUAAGUGGUUAA